UAGAAAUCACUUGAUUUAACUCAGCAGCACUUUUUAAAUUUUAUGUCUAUUACUCUAGCAGUCCUCUCUAAAUACCAGAGGCAUUAGAUUUCAUGUCAGCAGAUGAGUCAAAAAUUGCCAAAACGGAUCUGCAUGUACCUCUGUGGCUCUGGGUGUCUGGUGAAGACCAUUUUAGGUGACUGACCAAGGGAAGGAAAUGCCUUAGUGAGACUGGAAUCACAGCCAUAUUGCCACCACCAUGUCUACCAUACAAAGAAAAGGCAGAAGCCACCUGUUUAACAGUUUGUACUCCAGUAAACUGAAGCUUCCGGAAGACCAGCGACAGCAAGAAAAAUCUGUCAUUGCUCAACCAAUAUUCAUUUUUGCAAAGAGAGAACAAACUUUUAAGAGACCUGCAGAAGACACCGCAUAUGAAGCAGCAGAGCAUGAAUGCAAUGGUUUUCUAAGAAAGCGUGUACGGUCUUCAUCUUUUACUUUGCAUACUACAGACCCUCAGUCCCAAGGAGCAUCAACCUUGUCCCAGAAUCGAAUGAGAUCAUCAUCCUUCACCAACCUCCUGACCUUCCCCCCUUCUGGGCCAGUGAAGAAAAACAAUGUUUUUAUGAUAUCAACUCUUGUGCAAAGGAAUGUGGAUAUGAACAGUACAGAUCAAGGUCCUGUGAAACAUUCUGAACAUGUCCUAAGACCUGCUAUUUUGCAGCCACCUCAAGCUCAAAGGUGUGAAAAAGUAAGAAAAACAUUUGGACACAAUACCUUGGAAUCCUGCAAGACUAAGGAAAAAACAAAAAAUAAGAUUUCUGUGGGGAACUCUUCUUUGCUAAGUGAAAAUUUAUCAAGUGCCAGAAUUUCAGUCCAGCUGACUACUAACCAGAAUUGUUUAGGUGCUACAUCAGUAGGAUGUCAACCAAAUGAAGAUAAGUAUUCUUUUAAAAGCUGCAGUUCUGAUUUCGUGUUCGGAGAAAACAUGGUAGAAAGAGUUUUGGAUAUUCAACAUCUCACCCAACCUCAACUCGAAAAUGACUCAAACACCAGGGAAAAACCGUUCAAAUCCACUCUAGAAUUUCCUGUCAACUCUCCAAAUUCAAGCACAGACUCUAUUAAAAAUAUAUCCCUAAUUGAAUCAGCUGCUGCUUUCUCUUCUAAGCCAUCACCCAAAUGCUUGCUGGAGAAAAUUGAUGUUGUAACAGGGGAAGAAGCAGAGCAUAAUGUAUUAAAGAUCAACUGCAAGCUUUUUAUAUUCAACAAAACAACACAGUCCUGGAUUGAAAGGGGCAGAGGAGCUUUGAGGCUGAAUGACACAGCGAGCAGUGAUUGUGGAACAUUCCAGUCAAGACUAAUUAUGCGCAAUCAAGGCAGCCUGAGGCUGAUCCUCAAUAGCAAACUCUGGGCUCAAAUGGAGAUUCAAAGAGCGAACCACAAAAAUUUGCGAAUAACAGCUACUGAUUUAGAAGACUAUAGCAUCAAAGUGUUUUUAAUUCAGGCCAGCGCCCAAGACACAGGAUGUCUGUAUGCAGCAAUACAUCAUCGGCUCAUUGCACUUCGAAGCUUCGAUAAACAGAAAGAUGUAAAUCAAGCCGAAAGCCAGUCAGAACCAAGCCUCCGACAAUUAAACUGCGAGAGCUGUGAUGAGGAGGAGGAGGAUUUGGUCCAAGUCACGAAAAAUAGAUCAGAUGCUUCUAGGUGGACCCACAGACAGUCGGUUGCCUGUUCAUGAACGCUAUCUACUAUAAACGUGACAACAUCUACAAAAAGAUUGGUCAUCUUACUGAAAAUACUAAGCCAUCCUACAAAAUGAGAAGAUCCUAUUCGUUCCUUGAAGAGUUUUUAUAGCAAAGGUCAUGAAAGAUAAUUUGGUGCAAUUAAGAUUUUUCUCUUACAUAGUCUAAUAAUUGCACGGUUUUACAUUUUGAUUAUUGUGGAGAAAAUGACAGAAUUUAAGAAAUACACGGACUUUGGAAGUUCAAAAUUUAUCAUUUUUGAAGAAGCUAAUUUAGAAUAGAAUUUGAUAACUAAUUUGGACUAUUCAUCACAUUGGUGGAUAUAAUAGUUCAAAUAAAUUGCUGGAUUUCAUAAAUAUCUAACCAAAA